CGCUUUUUUUUUUACGUGAACUAAAGUUGCAGUUCUACCAUAUAGUUCGUUUCCAAUUUUGUGGACUGCAUUUGAAAACACUACAUGGACACCAAGCUGACAUUUCUAGGUGUACUAUAGCAAAGCCAUUUUGACCCAGAUGACAUCCACACCAAAGGUCCAGUUAGUGCCACUGCCAUGGGCGGAGCUCCUUCUCUACUGGCUGCUGUCCUUUGGCUCUCAUCUUUACUCUUUUUAUGAACUUUACAGAUUCUCAAGAGAGCACGAAGCGGGAUUAAACAGAGAAUUGCAUCUGGAAAAAGGACUUAUAGGAGGUUUUAAAAGGGAUGCAGCAGACUUUGAGUGGACUUUCUGGACCGAAUGGGCUAAGAAGUCCUUGCUGUGGACUCUGAUAGGUCACGGUGUCAUAUCCAGAUUGUGCAGCAUCUUCUACCCACAGUUUCGAGCAGCGGUGCUCACAGUUUAUGGAUUCUUAGCAGCCAGCAGCGUGUUGGGUCUUAAAGGUGUAGGCGUGCUGCUCCUGCAUCUGGCGUUGUCGUUUACCGUGGCCCAGCUGAAAAGACCCGCUCUUUCAUGGGCCUGCAACCUGCUGCUCCUCUGCUCUCUUCACAUCCGGCCUCUUCAGGAGAUCCAGAGAGGCUGGUACGACAGCGAGGAGGAGUACUACCUGCUACUCUUCAGCGUUGCCGUGGGAAGCCUUCGCCUCAUCAGCUUCAGCCUGGAGCACUGCUGCCGCCCCUCGGGCCGCGACGGCGCCCUGCAGCUCUGCUGGUUGUUUUCGUACGCCUUCUACCAUCCGUUCUUCUACAACGGCCCCAUCGUGACGUACAAGGACUACGUGGAGCAGAUGCAGAGGCCUGCAGAGGAGAGUGACAGGCUCAAAUUAGGCUUCCGCUACUUGUUACUCAGGUCAGGACGCAUCCUGAUAUGGUGGUGCAUUGCAGAAUACAUGAUCCAUGUCAUGUACAUGCACUCCAUCCAGUCCAAUGAGACCUUCCUGGAGAUUCUUCCCCCUUGGGCCUUGGGUGGUCUGGCGCUGGCCUUGGUGCAGUUCUUCUUCGUCAAGUAUUUGGUUUUGUUCGGCCUCCCGUCCAUGUUGGCCACCCUGGAUCAGCUGGUUCCGCCGAACCUGCCUCGCUGCGUCAGCAUCAUGUACAGCUUCACCGGCAUGUGGCGGCAUUUUGACAAGGGUCUGUAUCGAUGGCUCCUCAGAUACAUCUACGUGCCUCUGGGAGGUUCGCAUCACGGAGUUCACUACAAGAUGUUGUCCACAGCGCUGGCGUUUGGCUUUGUCUGCCUUUGGCAUGGUGGCCAUGACUACCUACAGUACUGGGCCCUGAUGAAUUGGCUGGGGGUUCUGAUGGAAACAGGCCUGAAGGCUCUCUUUGGCUCAGCGCUUGUCUACUCCUUUUUUGAGCGGCAUUUCUCUGCGGCAACAAGGAGGCGCUGCGCCGCGUUCCUCUUGGCCUUCUCCACCGCCAUGCUCAUCCUCUCGAAUCUGGUCUUCCUGGGGGGAAUCCAUGUCGGCAGAAUCUUCUGGAAGCGUGUCUUCCUUCAAGGCUGGUCCACCGUGGCGCCGCCAAUGCUGGCCUUCCUCUACUGCUUCGCCCAGGUCGGGCUGGAGUGGACUUCUCACCCGUCGUGAGUCACCUUGACUUUUGCAAACCGGGAACCCGCAAACUCCUGAAUAAAACACCAGCGCGGCCAAAACCACACUCGGAACCUGGCCGGCGGCCACGGAAGCUGCCCACAAAGCUGGCAGCGGACUCAGAGGGUCAGUACUGUUUUUGACUUUCUUUCUUUGUUCAAAUCUACAUGCUGUAGACCAGGGACUCUUAAUCUUUAGGACCUCCGGGUCCAACCUUUCCACUCAAAUACUAACACACAAUAUUAGUCAUCUUACUCUUGAUUUCAAUCAUAUUCAAUAACUAUAUUUACAGUUUAAAACAGGUGUGUCAAACGUACAAGUAUAAAAAUUAGCUGCUUUUUUGUUUUUUUUGACUAAAGAAACUCCUGUUCUAAAUGUGUCCACUGGAUGUCACAAUAGCAAUUAUGCCAAGCAGGAUGUACACAGUAAAGGGUGACUGUAACUCCUCCUCCUCGCAUACUUGCCAACCCUCCCGAUUUUCCCGGGAGACUCCCGAAUUUCAGUGCCCCUCCCGGGGCAACCAUUCUCCCGAAUUUCUCCCGAUUUUCACCCGGACAACAAUAUUGGGGGCGUGCCUUAAAGGCACUGCCUUUAGCGUCCUCUCUUACCUAAAACCUUCACCCCUUAACAGCCGCAUGCUGUCCAGGCGUCCGCUUUUCCUCCAUAUAAACAGCGUGCCGACCCAGUCACAUGAUAAUGUAGCGUUGGACGGGUUUAACAAUGCUCUUUACUCGAAGAUGUCAAGAAAUGCUGACACGUUGUAUGAUCUUUUAACUGGUUAAAUGAUAACGUUAAUUUCAAGCACACACACACACACACACACACACACACACACACACACACACACACACACACACACACACACAAGGGAAUGCCUGCAUACUUGGUCAACAGCCAUACAGGUCACACUGAGGGUGGCCGUUGUCGGAGGCAGAUAUUUACAUAUAUCCGAAUUUUAGUGAUACUUAUUUUCUUUCAUAGUCAUAUUUGAAAACAGCUCGUGUUUUCCAUUUAUUUUUUUUCUGUUUCUCUGCAAGUAAACUGUGUGUGUUAACCUUGAAUUCUUUGGAAUGUGUUUUGACUAGGGAGACGAUGUGCAUGUGUUUUGACUAGAGAGAGGGGAGAGGAGAGAGGGUUUUGGGGUCGGGGCGAUCCGAAUGUUCUAUGCUGUCUCUGUGAAUGUAUAUCUGCAAAGCUUUGCAAAUAUAUUACAAAAUACCUAUUCUGUCUCUGGUGGUUUUUCAACUCAGCUUUAAGUGUCGUAAAGAGCUUGGGAGCGACUUGUGACUUGAAUUCCCUAGGAGGAACAACUGGUCCAAAACGCAACACCGUAUAAACAACUUUAACACUGUUACAAAUAUGUGCCACGCUGUGAACCCACACCAAACAAGAAUGACAAACACAUUUCGGGAGAACAUCCGCACCGUAACACAACAUAAACACAACAGAACAAAUACCCAGAACCCCUUGCAGAACUAACUCUUCCGGGAUGCUACAAUAACAUCUAUGGCUUUUGGAGCUCGGUGCACAACUGCACACACAACAAGAAGGAGACGAAGCAGAAGAAUGAAGAAGAGACAUGGCGACGACGAGUAAGAAGAAGAAAUACGCUUGCAAGUUCCAAAAUGAUUGGAAAAAAGUAUGUCAUUUAAUCCAGGACAGCUCGAAGGGGAAGGGGUAUGCUGCCUGCACCUCAACCCCGCCCUCGCAACCACACCCCCACCACACCCCCCAUCUCCCGAAUUCGGAGGUCUCAAGGUUGGCAAGUAUGCCUCCUCGACCCACAUCAACCUGCUAUUUUAUGUCUUCUGGUUCGAACAUAUCGUCAUUUGGCACCCUGACUCCCCCAAAAUGUCUCUGUCAAACACGAGAAAAGUGAACUUAACUCUUUUGAAUAGUUUUUACCUCCGUUUCUUACGGUUUGUUGAGUUAGCACUGGAUUGAUACGUGGACAUGACAAAGGAGGUAUUUGAUACCUUGAAGAGUGUACAUGUUGUGUUUUUUGUUCGAUCCCAGAAAGACUGUGACUUAAAGUUUAAUCCUGGCUUUGUAGAUACACUGAGACAAAGUCUAAGCUUGUGGUGUUUUUGAAGCUGCACCAAUUUCCUCCAAAUUUUCAACAAACUUGAAGUGUUUCGUCCAGAGGAUUACCGUAUUUUUUGGAGUAUAAGUCGCACCGUAGUAUAAGUCGCACCUGCCGAAAAUGCAUAAUAAAGAAGGAAAAAAACAUAUAAGUCGCACUGGAGCCCGGCCAAACUAUGAAAAAAACGGCGACUUAUAGUCCGAAAAAUACGGUACUUGUGAUUUGUACGUUUUCAGAAUGUGCUUGUUCUAUUUUUGGCCAAAGUAAAACAAAGAAAACGACCUGGAGUUGUCUUUAUUUUGAAGUUAUCAUGCCAUGAUUUUACCCCUGAGUUAAAAUGAGUUUGACACCCCUGGUUUAAAAUCUUGUCAAAUAAUAUGAAAGCAUGUGCUAAUCACAAAGAGAUUUUUUUAUCA